UCAAACGCUCAACGCUGCACCUCGGCAACGGGAAAAAAGCUUUAUCUAAAUUAUUAUAAAGAAAACAAAAACAAACACGCACAACAAAACUGUGUUGAAAGACUUUUCGAUGUAAACGUCUAGAACAUUUUUUAAGCGUAAAACAAACUGUGAUAACCUAAUUAACACAAAGACACUGAGCAACAGACAGGGGAGAAAACGUUACUGUGAUAUUUGCUUUGCAUAUACUAUUUAUAUAUACACACAUCUAUACAAAUAACUGGCGAGCGCCAAGAUGCAACAGCAGGCAAUGCAGCAAGCAGGAAUGCAACUAGGCGACCCAAAAUUUAGUAGUAGCUUCGUUAGAAGAGAUUUUAAUGAUAGCGGAGUAGCUGGAUGUGCUGAUAGCAAGCUCCGUACCAUCUCGACUUCGUCUUGCGCCACCAACAUGUCAUCGGAGUCCUACCGCAUCUCUCUCGGCGUAGGGCCUCUGUGGUGGUCCGAUGUCCCUGUCCACCACAGAACAGAUCACGAUAGGGCAUCGCUCUUAACGGGCUGCAGCCGUAAGUCUUCGGUCGACUCGGCUGGUGGCAGCUUGUACGAGGCCAGCUCUCGGGCUUCAUCAUCGUCUUCGUCGUCGGUAUACUCCGAUACGGAUUCGCACGACAUUCACUCGUUGUGCUCUGAGGAUGAUUGCCAGGAGGUGUUGCGCCAGAUCUUGCUGCACGACCAACCGGUGCAAAUUUCCAUCAAAUUGCACGUCACCGAGGACCAGUCUACUAAUUGGAUGACGAUUUUGAACCCAAACAACAACAUCUUGUAUGUUGUCUUUCCCAAGGAUCUGCCCCCAGCUGGCUCUAAGGAGACCUUCAUCUCUCUUUUGGAAUUUGCUGAGGACAAACUUGAGGUGGACGGCAUUGUUAUGGUAAUGAAAAAGGAUCAGCCGGAAUGCGCUCGUUUAAUCGAGGCAUUCCUCUUCAUGGGAUUUGAGCCAUUGUCGAGAAAAUCACCGAAGGCACCACCAGCUGCCAUCAACGAUAACGAAAAUUACUAUUUCCUAUACACCAUCGAGGAGUAGAACGAGGACGCUAGCGUUGGCAAUAGUUUUGCGUCGAAAGAUAAACAGAUAAAAACAUACAGAAGUAAAUUUAUUAAUCAAAGUUUCAACACUAUUUAUAAAAAUCAACAAUCAGUAGUUAAUCGAAUAACCGCAGUAGCUGACAUAUUGACCCCAAUGUGUUCAAUGAAAAUUAUCUAAUUAUCCAGCAAAUCGUUUGUCAACGCGUCUUUAUCUUGUAGUUUUUUCCGCAUAUAUAACAACUGCGUUAGCCACGUUAAGAGCAAGCUUAAAUUUGUCGUAAAACUACACAACAUAUAUAUAUCCAACUAAAAAAAUAUAAAAAUAUACAAAAAAAAAAAUA